UUAGAAACGGAGCUCGUCAAAAGUGUUAAUUUAAUUUAAUAUUCUCUGAAAUAAAUAUUUGCACAAAAUGGAUAUAAAAUCAUUUCUGUUUUCAUAUUGUGCCAAAAAUCAAACAGAACCCAAGUUCGAAGUGCGACCAAUUGGACCCAAACACCGCCAACGAUUUUUGUGCGAAGUACGCGUCGAUCAGUGUCCCUAUGUGGCCGUUGGCAAUUCCACCAACAAAAAGGAUGCCGAGAAGAAUGCCUCGCGUGAUUUUGUCAACUAUUUGGUGCGCGUUGGCAAACUGAAUGCAAAGGACGUGCCGAAUGAUCCAACCGCUCCGGCAGUUGAUAGCGGUGAUGGCCAAGCUGGACGCGGGGGAAGUGGCCAGCAGCGUCGCUUCUUCGGCGAUUCGUCGGGUCCACAAGAUUUGGGCGAGGCCUAUCGUCCGCUCAAUCAUGACGGAGGACGCGAUCGCUUCAACAUCAUAGACCAUGUCCAAGAGCAAAAGGAUAUGAACGAAGCCGAAUCAAUUGAUGUAAAUGCCGCUAUUCACGGCAAUUGGACUAUUGAGAAUGCCAAAGAUCGUUUGAACAUAUAUAAGCAAUCGAAUAACAUAAAAGAUGAUUAUAAGUACACGCCCGUUGGACCAGACCAUGCCAGGAGCUUCAUGGCGGAGCUGUCCAUAUACGUGCCGGCUCUGAAGCGCAAGGUAACGGCACGUGAAACAGGAUCGAAUAAGAAAUCGGCCAGCAAAUCGUGCGCCCUCUCGCUGGUGCGUCAGCUCUUCCAUCUGAAGGUGAUCGAAGCCUUUAGCGGCACGCUCAAGAAGAAGAAGGAUGAGCAGCUAAAGCCCUAUCCGGUUAAGUUGCGGGAGGAGCUCAUUCAUGAGAUGGAUGAAGUUAUUAAGGAUCUCGAUUUGCCGGUGGUUAGUCCACGCAACAUUAAGGUGGACCCCGAUGGAGCUCCAAUGCCGCUAAUAGUAUCACAGAGUCGUUUGGACAUGAACCAGGAUUCGGAUGCACGUCAGGAGCAUAUCGCUGUCAUACCCUGGGCACCGCCGCAGUCCAACUGGAAUGCCUGGCACGCUUGCAACAUCGAUGAGGGUGAAUUGGCCAAUGUCACCGUGGAUCAACUGUCCCUGGAAUAUGAGCGACAGCAUCGCGAUCGUCGCCAGAACAAUGCCGAGUACAGACAGUUCCUGGAGUUCCGUGAGAAGCUGCCCAUAGCAGCAAUGCGCUCAGAGAUCAUGCUGGCCAUCAAUGAGAAUCCGGUGGUGAUUAUACGUGGCAACACGGGCUGUGGCAAGACCACCCAGAUUGCCCAAUAUAUAUUGGAUGAUUACAUUAGCACGGGCCAGGGUGCCUAUGCCAACAUCUAUGUGACCCAGCCGCGUCGCAUUUCGGCCAUAUCCGUGGCAGAGCGUGUUGCGCGCGAACGCUGUGAAAAUCUGGGCGAAACUGUCGGCUAUUCCGUGCGCUUUGAGUCCGUAUUUCCACGCCCAUACGGCGCCAUACUCUUUUGCACUGUGGGCGUGCUCUUGCGCAAGCUGGAGGCAGGUCUGCGCGGCAUCUCGCACAUCAUCGUGGAUGAGAUACAUGAGCGCGAUGUGAAUAGCGACUUCUUGCUGGUCAUAUUGAGAGACAUGGUGGCCACCUAUCCGGACUUGCACAUCAUCCUGAUGUCUGCCACCAUUGAUACGACACUCUUUUCGAAGUACUUUGGCGAUUGCCCCGUGUUGGAGGUGCCUGGACGCGCCUUUCCAGUGCAGCAGUUCUUCUUGGAGGACAUCAUACAGAUGACAGGCUUUGUGCCAUCGGCUGAGUCGCGUCGCAAGCGCAAGGAGGCCGACGAUGAGGAGCAGCUGCUGCUCAAGGACAACCAGGAGGAGGGUGAGCAGAACUUGAAUAAGGUGUGCGAGGAGAAGUAUUCCGUGCAGACACGCAACGCCAUGGCCAUGCUGUCCGAGUCGGACGUUAGCUUCGAGCUGCUCGAAUCUCUGCUGCUGCACAUCAAAUCCAAGAAUAUUCCCGGUGCCAUACUCGUCUUUCUGCCCGGCUGGAACUUGAUCUUCGCUCUGAUGAAGUUCCUGCAGAGCUCCACAAAUUUCGGCAAUUCCCAGUAUCGCAUAUUGCCGUGCCACUCGCAGAUACCACGCGAUGAUCAGCGCAAGGUCUUCGAGCCUGUUCCGGAUGGCGUCACAAAGAUCAUCUUGUCCACGAAUAUUGCCGAGACUUCGAUUACCAUCGACGAUAUCGUCUUCGUCAUUGACAUAUGCAAGGCACGCAUGAAGCUCUUCACUUCGCACAAUAAUCUGACCAGCUAUGCCACCGUGUGGGCCAGCAAAACGAAUCUGGAGCAGCGCAAGGGACGUGCUGGACGUGUCCGCCCGGGCUUUUGCUUUACCUUGUGCUCGCGUGCUCGCUUUGCCCAGCUGGAGGAGAACCUGACGCCCGAGAUGUUCCGCACGCCCCUCCAUGAGAUCGCAUUGACUGUGAAGCUUUUGCGUCUGGGUGCAAUUCAUCAUUUUCUAUCCAAGGCAUUGGAGCCGCCGCCCGUGGACGCUGUAAUCGAGGCAGAGGUGUUGCUGCGCGAGAUGCGCUGCUUGGAUGCCAAUGAUCAGUUGACACCGCUGGGUCGCCUGCUCGCCCGCCUGCCCAUUGAGCCGCGGCUGGGCAAGAUGCUGGUGCUGGGCGCCGUCUUUGGCUGCGCCGAUCUGGUGGCCAGCAUGGCCUCCUAUUCUAGCACCUUCUCGGAGGUGUUUGCCCUCGACAUUGGCCAGCGUCGUUUGGCCGCACAUCAAAAGGCACUGAGCGGACGCAAGUGCUCCGAUCACGUGGCCAUGAUCGUUGCCUCACAGAUGUGGCAGAGCGCCAAGAAUCGCGGCGAACAGGAGGAGGCACGCUUCUGCGACUGGAAGGGUCUGCAGUUGUCCACGAUGAACGUGAUGUACGAUGCCAAGAUGCAGCUGCUCGACCUGUUGGUCCAGGCGGGCUUUCCCGAGGAGUGCAUGCUGCCCCAUAAAGUGGAUGCCAAUGCAGAUGAUCCGGAGCUGGAUAUAUCAUUGGCUCUGCUCUGUUUGGGUCUCUAUCCCAACAUUUGUGUGCACAAGGAGAAGCGCAAGGUGCUGACCACCGAAUCGAAGGCAGCGCUGCUCCACAAGACCUCGGUGAAUUGCAGUAAUCUGGCUGUCACCUUUCCGUAUCCCUUCUUUGUCUUCGGCGAGAAGAUCCGCACACGCGCUGUCUCCUGCAAGCAACUGUCCAUGGUGUCGCCGCUGCAGGUCAUGAUCUUUGGCUGCCGUAAGAUUGAUCUUGCGGCCAAUGGAGUGGUGCGUGUCGACAACUGGCUCAACUUUGACAUCGAUCCGGAACAUGCUGCUAAAAUUGGUGCCUUAAAGCCGGCUCUGGAGGAUCUGAUUACCAUUGCUUGCGAUAAUCCCGGUAAUGUGCUCAAAUUGGAUGAGCCCUAUGCUCGCCUGGUGCGUGUCAUCCGGGAUCUUUGCGUACAAAAUGCGGGAGACUAUCAGCUCCAUCGUGAAUCGAGCGUAUUGCCUUAUAUGUCGCGUGGAGGCGCUGUAAGCGGAGACGGAGACGGAAUGGAUGGCGGUGGUCCAGCUAAGCGUGGACGUUUUGACAGUGGAUCGAAUUAUGGCAAUAGUUCAGGUGGCAGAUUCGGAGGAGGAGGUGGAGGAGGAAACUUUGGCAAUCGAACAGGUGGAUAUAAUAGCGGCGGACGCUUUAAUGGACGCUACCGUAAUGGAGGAGGAGGUGGAGGCUUCAAUAAUGGAGGAGGCAGUGGAGGCUUCAAUAGUGGAGGAGGAGGAGGAGGAGGCGGAGGCUUCAAUAACGGAGGAGGAGAUGGCGGCUUUAAUAUUGGAGUAGGAGAUGGCGGCUUCAAGAAUGAAGGAGGAAAUGGAAGCCUCAAUGAUUUUGGAGGCGGCUCCAAUUUUGGUGGAGGAGGCGGAGGCGGAUAUAAUAGUGAUGUAGGGAAUGGCAGCAGUGGCUAUAACAAUAGAGGAGGCGGUGGCUACAACAUUGGGGGAAACAAUAACUUCAACAAUGGAGGAGGAGGUUAUAACCGAGGAGGAGGACGCAACAGUGGCUACAACCAAGGAUCAGGCAAUGCUGGCUACAAUCAAGGAGGAAGCAAUUUUAAUAAUAGAUAUAACAACUUCCAAAGCGCCGAAGGCGGCAACUGGAGCAGCUUUUCCAAUCGUCGCUAUUAAAAUAAUGACUUAAUCUUA